GGUCUCAUCCACCUGCAGAGCGGGAGCACUCAGAGCAGACGGCACUAUGUCCAUCCUCCCAGCUCUUCUCUGCCUCGGCUCAGGCAGUUGGAGCAGAUGCGGCCCCGAGUUAAGGGAAUCAGCUCUGACAUCCAGGUGCAAAUCUGACAGGGACUCUCUUCCAGGGCUGAGCCUAAGCCAGAAAACCUGUGAGCAGAAUGGGACCCUCCCCAGACCCACCAUCUGGGCUGAGCCAGGCACUCCCAUACCCUGGGGGAGCCCUGUGACUAUCUGGUGUCAGGGGACCCUGAAGGCCGAUGAGUACCGCCUGUAUAGUGAUAAAAGUCAUAGCUCCUUGGACACACAGAAACUACUGUGGCCCAUGGACAAGGCCAAGUUCUUCAUAAAAAAUACCCGUGCAGAGAGAUAUUAUUGUAAAUACCUCAGCCCCACUGGCUGGUCAGAAUGCAGUGACCCCCUGGAGCUGGUGCUAACAGGAAUCUACUACAGCAAACCCAGCCUCUCAGCCCUGCCCAGCCCUGUGGUGAAGUCAGGGGGGACUGUGACCCUCCAGUGUGGCUCAUCAAAGGGAUUUGAAAGGUUCAUUCUGAUUAAGGAAGGAGAAGACAGGCUCUCCUGGACCCUGGACUCACAGCAACACCCCAGUGGGUGGGUCCAGGCCCUGUUCUCUGUGGGCCCUGUGACCCCCAGACACAGGUGGACUUUCAGAUGCUAUGGCUAUUACAGGGACAGCCCCCUACUGUGGUCUCACCCCAGUGACUCCCUGGAGCUCCUGGUCUCAGACUACACAGUGGGGAAUCUCAUCCGCUUGUGCUUGGCCGGAUUGGUGCUGGUGGUCCUUGGGGUGCUGCUCUUUGAGGCUUGAGACAGCAAGAGGAAGACCCACACUGCAGCCAGGACGUGAACACAGAGGGGACAGGGCACUGUUCAGAGAGGGGGAGCCAUGGAGCCCCUCUGAUGACCCAAGAGGUGGUGAAGACAGUCUGGACCACAGGUGGGGAAACUGUCUGCUGAUGUGUCCAGAGGAGAGAACAAGGUUUGGGUGCAGGGAGUGUCUCAGUGCUCCCUGUGCAGGGCUCUUCCUCCAUUAAAUGUCUGUUUCUCUCCCUUCUUGUUGACUUUCUGUAAUGACCCCCUUGUUUUCUCUCCCCUGUGCCAUGAGGGUCCUUCCCACAUGGCUGUUUGAGCCCACACAUCUAAAACCUCGUGCUG